AUUAGACUAUAGCAUGAUACAGCGGUUAUGUCUAGCGAGCAAGAUCCGUGUUAUACUGAGGCGUACUGCUCUAGCCCGGUAGCAUUGUGCUUGGCCUCGAGCUUCUUUUCGAGCUUUUCAAACUCGCUCAGUGACACCGCUUCCUCCUGAUCCACCACUUGUUCAACGAGCUUCACCUCAGGCACAUAAUGCAUCAGCAUGCGCUCGAUCCCGCUCUUGAGGGUGAUUGACGAGCUCGCGCAGCCCCUACAGCUCCCCUUCAACCGCAGCUUGACCGUACCUGACUCUUCCUCAAACCCGCGGAACUCGAUGUCCCCUCCAUCAUCCAUGAUUGCUGGGCGCACACGGGUCUCCAAAAGCUCCUUGAUCAUCGCAACCACCUCGCUGUCAUCGUCUGUUAUCCUCAGAUCCUGCGGUCCAGCCGCAUCCCGGUCCUCAUCGCUCCGGAAAAGCGGGGUCCCACUUGUGAAGUGCUCCAUGAGGAUGGAGUAUAUUUCAGGCUUGAGCACUGCCCAAGGGUGCUCACUGCUCUUGCUGACAGUGACAAAGUCCGGUCCAUAGAAGACAUGUGUAACGCCUUCGAUCCCCAUGAGCCGUAGCGCGAGGGGGGAGGCGAGUGCGGAACGCGUAUCGAGGAACUCGGCUGUUGUGGAUGCUCCUGGGUUGGAAGAGGAGGCGGACAUGACUGCUACGCCAGGGAUGAACUUGAGCGAAUCGUCGUUCGGUGUCGACUCGGUUUGGAUGAACAUUGUACGGACAGAUCCAAGUCCAGUCCGGGAUAUCCUCCCCACACCCUGCCUUGCUCCAGAGCUCGCAAGAAAGUUACUCGGCCCUGCUAUUCUCGCAGGUGCAGAAGAGAGCCUCCUACAUCCUCUAACAGCGAUCAUCCUCGCCGCAGCCGACGCCCCCCUAAGCACAGAACUACGUAGAGCGAGUGUUGACAUCGUCGUCGGAGAGCAAACGCAAGAGGACGUUGACGACAGUUUUGACAGGUGGGAACAUAGGCCGUGGAGGCCAAGGACCGCUGACGGAGCAACAAGCGCCGGCCCCUCGGAGUUAUGGCAUAGCCACUCAAGUGGGGCAGGAGCCGAGCCAAAGUCACCAACCACCGCUGUUCUCUCCCUCCGUCUGUGUUACCUCCUUUCCUACAUCAUUCUCGCUGUACAAAAUGGAUAUGGACUUCGCAGCAAUGGGCCUCCCAACAGGGUUUGGAAAGGCCCAGAAGUCCAAGCCCUCCAUAGCAGCUCGAUUCGAGCAAACAAAACGCUCCGCGCCUACGCCAGCCAAAGCCGAGCCAUCCCCAGCACCUCCGGCGUCGAAGGAGGUAGAGGAAGGCCCGAAGGUUGUUGGGAAGCGGACGCGUGAUGAGGCUGAGCAGGAGGAUGAACAAGACGGACCGAUGCCUGCACUUACUAAGGAGAAUGGGGAUGCAGUACAAGAUGAGGAUGUGGAGGACGUUGAUGACGAAGAGGACUUGGAGCCUGAGGAUGAUCUUCCGUUGACGCACGAGAUCCUGUUAAAGGAUCAUACCAAGGCCAUCUCUGCUCUCGCCUUAGAUCCCUCCGGUGCGCGUGUUGUGUCCGGGUCACACGACUACGAUGCUAAGCUCUGGGAUUUUGGCGGUAUGGACCUCUCCCUUCGCCCAUUUCGCUCCUGGGAGCCCGCAGGCUCCUAUCCAGUGCGAGAGCUCGCCUACUCUCCUUACGGCGACGCGUUCCUCUGUAUUUCAGGCACGACACAGGCGAAGCUGUUCGACAAGGACGGAGAGCAGAAGGCAGAGUUCAUCAAGGGGGAUAUGUAUAUCCGGGAUAUGAGGAACACGGCUGGUCACGUUGGUGAGCUGACGGGGUGCAGCUGGAGUCCCUGGCAAGAGAAUAUCUUCAUCACUAGCUCAGCGGAUUCGACUAUCCGCAUAUGGAAUGCGGAGAAUAGAAGGAAACAGAAGACUGUUAUUGUCGUGAAGAGCAAGGAGAGAGGCGCGAGGACCAAGGUCACCUGGUGCGGGUACAACCGCGAUGGGUCAAUGAUCGCUGGAGCAUGCGCGGACGGUACGAUCCACCUCUGGGCGUCUAAGUCCAACUUCGUACGACCCAACUUGUCGGCAGAGGAAGCGCACGAGAAGGGCACUGAUACCGACGGGUGUGCAUUCGCUGUUGACGGGUGGGGGUUCGUCAGCCGAGGAGGGGACGGGACUGUCAAGCUGUGGGAUACGAGAAAAUUCAAGCGCCCUGUCGCUACUGCUCCUGCGCCGACGAUGUAUCCCGGGACGAACGUAACCUUCUCCCCUGAUGGGAAGUAUGUCGUCACGGGGACUUCAGAGGGUACGAAGCAGGAAAUGGAGGCGGGGCUGGGCGGCGGCAAGCUGCUGUUGCUUAAGAGGGAGAACCUAGAGCUGGAGAGGGAGGUGCCCCUUGGUGGGCGGGGGAUCCUCAGGGUCGUUUGGCACCCCAAGAUCAACCAGAUCCUCUGUGGCCAUGCGGACGGGACAAUCCGCGUUUUGUACUCUCCCACGCACUCAAUCAACGGCGCCAAGCUGUGCGUUCCCCGAGGCACUAAAUCCCGCACAAUAGAAGACUACGCCUCCUCAUUGCAUGUCCCCAUAUUGCUUCCCGAAGAGCCGGGGAUGGGGCGAGACGUCUCAGAGCGGCCGAACAAGCGCCGCCGGGACAAGGAGCGGAUGGAGACGGGUGGGAAGACGAGGCGGCCUAUGGCACCUGUUCAUGGGCCUGGCAAGGGCGGCCGAGUGGGAGCAAGCGCAACUCAGCAUAUUGUCCAACAUCUGUUCAGGGACAAUACGAGGGACGAGGAUCCAAGAGAAGCACUGCUCAAGUACGCCGACGUUGCGGACAAGGAUCCGAUCUGGACUGCAGCGUGGAGGCAGAACCAGCCCAAGCCUGUUUUCCAAUACGUGGAUACGACGGAGGAGAAGGAGGAGGACGAGUAAGCGUUAGAUAUAACACGUAACUGUACACUAUUUCGUGUCACUUCUUUGGCGUGUACGAGCAAGAAAC